AUGGAAAUCAUAAUUGUAGGCGCGGGAAUCGCUGGUCUUGGUGCUGGGAUUGCUCUACGGAGAGGUGGACAUAAAGUUACUAUACUCGAACAAUCUUCCCUUCUUCACGAAAUAGGUGCUGCUAUAACGGUAGCCCCAAAUGCGUCACGCAUACUUAAAACAUGGGGUUUCUCGCCUACGAAAUCGAAACUGGUAGCUCUCAGGAACGCAAAUAUUUGGGAUGGUAUGGCCAUGAAAGUUGUGGUUAAUGGUUAUUAUGCGAAUACCGAGGAGAAGUAUGGGACCCCGCUGUAUGCGGCUCAUCGGGUUGAUUUGCACAGUCAGUUGAGAGAGAUAGCGACGAGGAAAGGUGGAGAGGGGAUUCCGGUUGAUUUGAAGGUUAGGGCGAAGAUAAUUGGUUAUGAUGCUGCGAAUGGGAAAGUUACUCUUGAAGAUGGAAAGAUCUUACAAGCAGAUCUCAUCGUCGCAGCAGAUGGGGUGCACUCAACAGCUGUGGACCACGUGCUUGGUGCAAAUAAGGUCCAAGCAGGCGAUACUGGAUGGUCUUGUAUGCGAUGGCUAGUGCCCACACAAGACCUGUUAUCAGAUCCCGAGACGGCUGAUCUGGUCGACGAUUCUGUUCAGAGAUUCUUCGCACCAGCUUCCGGUGUGGGCGGUUUCGUAUGGUAUCCUUGUAGGGACAACGAGGUGCAGAAUUUCUUGUAUUUGUCAAAGGCAUUUGAUAGUUCCCAUGCCACAGAAAGUUUCAGAGCGUCUGUAGAGCCAAGUGUUCCGAUGAAAUAUGCGAAGCCUGAAUUUAGUCCCGCUUUGCAAGCUGUGAUUGGGAAGGCACAAGACGUUAAAUUUUGGAAAUUGAUUGCUCGAGAACCAAUUCCGACAUGGCACAAGGACAGACUCGUUUUGAUAGGCGAUGCUGCUCAUCCUAUGCUUCCGUUUCAAGCACAAGGGGGAUGCCAAGCCAUCGAAGAUGCAGGCGCACUCGGAAUAUUAUUGAAUCAAAUUGAUCCCGCCGAUAAAGAAACACUGGAGAAGCGACUACAACUAUACGAAAAGGUUAGAAAAAACAGAGGCUCGUCUCUGCAGAUCCUUUCUAAUCAUAGUCCACCUGCAUCGCAGGCUACUCGCGAUGAGGCUGCUAAGUAUCUUCCGGACGGAAAAACACUUAACACCACGGAUGAUAUCAAUGACUAUGUGUUUUCGUUUGAUGUUAUCAGAGAGUGUGAGAUGCUCUUAGCGGGAGAGUCUAUCGAUGGUGGUACAUAA